ACAACUUUUUCAUUAAAAUUUAUUUAUUUAAUAAAAAGUGGGUCUGGGGACGGGCAACUGUGUAUCAGUGCCCCAACUCCCAACGGUCUCUCUCUCGUCUCUCCGAGAUUCCAAAGAAAGAAAAAAACUCCACAAAAACCCCAAAAAAACCCGGCCGGAUCAAUGUCACACAAAGCCCUGGAUUCGCGGCACUCAAUAGAAUCGUGUACACUUCAGCUCCACACUUGGAGACCCUUCCAGCGGCAACCCAAAGCCCUAGACCCCUCUGAUUCAAAGCCCUACCAUUGCCACUCCUCCACCAAUGGGAUCUACACCAAGCGCCCCUGCCUCUCCGACCGUGCCACCUCGUUUUCCCUCGUCGACGCCGCCGCCAUCGAUAUGUCCAAGCUCACCCUCAUCGAAGACGACCGGCCGAGACACUACCACCGGGGCAGCUUCAGUUUGAUCGCCAGGAAACGGCGUCGCCGCGGGUCGAGAUCGGUGUCGGGUCGGAGCAGCGACCGGAGCGGGACCCGCCGGUGCUGCUCGGUGGGAGCGUCGGCGGCGUACGGGACGUGCUCGGAUCUUCCGGUGACGGACUCGAGCGGAGAGCUGUUCGUGAAUGGGGAUGCGAAUUGGGCGUCGGAUGUGAGCGAAGCGAGGAAUUCGAGAAGGGAGAGGGAUGGAGGAGGAGGGGGUGGAGAGAAGGACGGUUCGGGAAAUGGGUUUGGGCCAAUUGGGGGUUUUGAUGCUCAGGGGAAUGAGUCCGGGUACGGGAGCGAACCUGGGUACCGCGGGGACGCGGAGUUCGGGUAUGGGGAUGAGCUUGAUGAGGAGGAAGAGGAUGCUAGAUUGUUGUUUUGGGGCGAGCAAUUUGGAGAGACGGAUUCUAAAACGGAGAUGGUUGGCGAGAACACAUUCUCCGAUCAAAAAACCCAUUACAGAUGCAGGCGUAAGAAACAUGAUUGCAGAAUGGUCGAUUCACUGAGGUAACAAAUUAUGUCUGUAUACGAUGAACUCCUUUUUUUUCAGCCAGUGCUUCAAAAAUUACACUGAACAGCGCCAUAUAAGGAAGGUUUUUGUUGGGUUCUGGAUUGCAACCGGUGCUUCAAAAAUUACAAGUGAUUAUAUAUAGUGUCUUCAUCUUGCUUUGCUGCCUCUUGGUUACACUUAUUCCCCAUAUUUUGAGAUCAUCCUGACAAUGACAAUGUCAGCAAUUGGAUCCAAAUGUUGUAUCGCAGGCAGCACUCUGUAGAUCAUGCUUAAGGGGUUUAAGGAUGUGGAGUACAUUCUUGUGCUUUAUCGUAGCCUAAUGCUGUAACAUAUACAAGCAAAACUCUGUUUUAAUUCAUGUACUUCUAAACGAACCCAUCCUGGACGUUUUAGAGAGAGAAGUUCCUUCUUCUCUCUAGGACUCCACUGGUUUUCGGCCA